ACCCUAAUUUUGUCUCUUUUCUUUUCUUUUCUGUUUUUACUUCGUCUUCUUCGUGAUCUUCUUGAAUUCCGGAAGCUAUCUGCUGCAAUUUUCAGGCUGGAUGUUCUUGAGCUUUGCUGGAUUUCAUCUUGCGCGCGUCGAGCAGCGUUAAUUUGAGGGUGAUUUUGCGGAUUCUAUGGAUCCAGAUCCGCCUGCUCCGAGGAAGAGGAGAUUCCAGCCGAAACCCCCUCCCGCAAAUCGGAAGCCUACCGUGACCUUAGUUGGUCGUGAUGCUGGGGAUGGUGCCGGCGGAGAAACUCCACAGUCGCUCGAGACUCUAAUGAGGAGAAGAUCAGUACUGGAGAAGAAGUACGCGAAGAAGAAUGCAGCCAAGCCUGAAGAACCCGCCCUCGACAGCACCAAAAGCCCGGAUGUUUCGAUGGCAGAUCCUUCCGGAAGUAAAAAGAAAGAAUACAAGGAGCCUUGGGAUUACAAUGGGAAUUAUCCGGUAACCUUGCCGUGGAGGAUUCCUCCUGCCGGAGAUCCAGAAAUUCUCGACGAAGAGGAAUUCGGCGAACCUAAGGAAUACGACGAAACUGCUAUCCCCGACGCAGUUGAACUCGGUUUGACGGACCAAGAAAAUCAACCAAAGAUGUUCUUCUUCCAAUUUCCUCCCCAACUUCCAAAUUAUAAUUCACCUUCCAGCAAUGAGUCGGGGAAAUCCGAACCCGGAGGGUACAUGGGGAAAAUGCUGGUGCACAAAAGCGGCGCCGUGAAAUUGAAGUUGGGAGACGUUGUGUUCGAUGUUGGUCCCGGUAUGGACCGUUCGUGUGCCGAGAACGUCGUUGCUGUGGACUUCGACGGCGGGGAGAUGUGUGAGGUCGGGGUGCUGGAGAAACACGCCGUCGUUUCGGCCGAUAUCGAUCGAUUGCUGGAGGAAGAAGAAUUGAAAAUGAGGAGAAGAGGAAAGUAGGUAUGUUAUGGCUGGCUUACAUCUUGCACAUAUGUUGGAUAUAUGAUAUCUGGAAAAUUAACCAAGUAACUAAGUAGCAUUCAGUGAUUGAGAUCAUUGUUAAGUAAGUAAGCCUAGUUAUGGGAGAAUUUAACGUUUAGGUUGUAGAAAAGGAACAAGAACUUGAUGUUUUGAUGAAUAUAAGACUGUUUGCUAUAUGACAUGUUGGCUGUCAUU